ACUCUGCACGUCAAAAGACUAUUCGUGGAAACGUUUUUGCCUUGGAUAUCGGUGGUUCAUUGGCCAAAUUGGCCUAUCAGACGACUUUUCGCUACAGGCGCUCUAUUCCACUUACAUCUGUCAUUCUUCGAUCUAGCUCACCUCCCGUCGAUUUCUAUCAAUACGAGGAACGGGAGCACGAAGGUUAUCGAUUGUGCUUUAUUAAGUUCGAGACACGAUACAUUGAAGCCUGUCUCGACUAUAUUCGCGAAAACAUUCUAAGUGCUGAUGAAAAAGUGGACAUCUCUAAUAAACGCGUUAUCAAAGUGACCGGCGGUGGAGCCUUCAAGUACCUCGAUCUUAUUUCUACCAAACUAGGUGUUGUUGUUGACAAAGAAGACGAGAUGGCGUGCUUAGUUCGUGGUUGCUCGUUUCUUCUUCAGAACAUUCCAGACGAAGUUUUUACCUAUGAUAAGCAUGUUACUCCAGCACAUACUUUCCUCUCUAGCUGCUUGGUCGACACUUAUCCUUUUCUCCUUGUCAAUAUUGGAUCUGGAGUGAGCAUUCUAAAGGUGGAAAGUGCCACUACAUAUUCUAGAGUUGGUGGCACGUCAAUUGGAGGGGGUACCUUUUGGGGAAUGGGCACUCUUCUUUCUGGUAAAUAUGAUAAAUAG